AUGGACCACGCGAAAACAAUGGCUCUUCCCUUGUUGAACGAGAACUCGGUCAACACUGCGCAGGUGGUGAACAAGAGGCUACAGCGCAGGGAACAGGCAAGAAAAAUUUUAGAAGAUUUCCCACCACUCCCAGGACCGCCCGAAAACACUGUACAAAAUGUUGCAAGAAGAGCGAGGCUCCGAAACAAUCAGUUGCAAUACUUGGAAACACACCCCGAGAUAUACAUCGGGCAUGCCAUCGCCCCCGGCGUGGUCGCUGAGCGCCGUGCGGCGAUCAGAGACGCCGAGGGUCCGAUCACCUUUAUGCACAACGAAUCGGGGGACCCCACGCCGUGGGCCAGAACACUCGAGGGCCCCGACUCGCAGAUGCUGUCCCAUGUACAACGUCUCGUGUCAACUUCGAAGAACACAGACACGCUGAAAUCACUGGUUCAACAGCUAAAAAGGGUACAGGCCCGACAGAAAAUACUCGAAAACCAAUCAAAGUUUAGGAAAACCGCCAGUAUAAAGAAAAACAUGGCUGUGCAAAAAAGGGUGGCUGCCAAGAUCAAACGCGAUAUCAGUGCCGAAAAGAAGCGAAUAGAUUCAGAGAAGAAGGCGACGGAUGCGAAAAAUCGGGCUGAAAGGGAAGCGAGAAAGAAAGAGGAGGCUGCCCUGAGGUCACUGAAGGAGAGCAAAAUCAAAGCUGCUUCGCAAAAAGCAAAGCAACUAAAAGACGAGGAGAGUCGCAAAAAAGCAAUGUUGGACGCGAAGAGGAGAGCCGAGAAGGAAAGGAAGCAGGCUCUUGUGCAAAUGAAACGGGAUGAAAAGAAUGCAGCUGCCAAUAAAGCGCGACUGGAGUUUGAGAAGGCUCGCGCGAAAAAGGAGAGGGGUGAGAUUGCGAGGAGGGCCGCCAAGGUGGCCAAGCAGAAGGUGAUGCUGGAAGAGAAAGGAAAGCGCGACAAACAGGAAUUCAAGGCACGAAAGGAUCGGCAGAGACAACUCGUCACCGAAGAGGCCAAGAGAAAAACAGCAGAAGCCAAGAGAAUGGCCGAGAUGGAGAAAGCUGCCGCUCGUCGGCUAGCGGAAGUGACGGAUGAGAAUGAGAGCGAAGUACUGCGGAAGAAGACGGAAAAACAGAAACGUGACUUCCGGGAGAAACAAAAAGAAGCGGCGAGACAGAGAGAGAAUGUUGCCCGGGUAGAGGAACGCAAAAUGUUAGCGAAGAAACAGAAGGAAGCUGCCAAACUCGAGAGAAUGAAAGAAAGCCAUCGUCGUGAACAGACAGAACUGGCGAACCAGGAAAAGGCGGCAGAGGCGAGGGACAAGCAGCGUGCGACGAACGCCGCCCGAGUGGCCGCAGAUCAGAAACAACGCCAAGACGCGCGCAAAAAAAAGGAACGAAAAGCACUGGCUCUGAAACACGCGCAACUUGCGCUUGAGAAGAAGAACGCCGUUGAGAGUGCCAAUGCGAAGGCCGCGGCGAAAAAAGCAAAGGCAGAUGUGGUCACCAAAAAGGCAUCGGCGAGGCAGAAAGGUCUAGAUCGGGCCAAGGCUCAGGCUGAAAAGCGUCAACACGUCCGAGAGGCUAGGGCGAAGGGCGUGCGCAAAAAAACAGGCGACAACGACAUGUGGGACACCAUCCAGAAAAUCACGGGUUUGAGUAGGAUUCAGCUGGGCAGGAGGGAUGCCGUUGCACAACUCGACCAACUCGACCACGACGUCCUCGAGAGGUUGUCGCAGUAUCUCGAGACUCUGGACGAGAUGAAAAACGGCCAGGUGCCCACGCUGAAAGCCAUUCUGAAACUAGCAAUGUGGCGCAAGGAACUGUUUGAGAUCGGAGGCGAGAUCGGGAUCGACUUCGCUCAAAUGAAACCCGAUAAAAUUGAUGCCAACAGCUUAGGCAUCGACGACCUGGAGAAAUUUAUCGAGCACAUCAAAUCCUUUCCAAAAAAGACUGGGGUUCCCCGAUUCUUGGCCAGUUGGAAAGCCAUCCUUCAACGAAAGACGGGCAAGACACCUGGCGAAGAAAAGCAGGAGCGAGCUCGGGUUGAAAAGAGGGAGAUCAUGGCGAACAUCGAAAGAAUCACAGGGAUUCCGGCUGAAAGAGUGAGAGGUGUGCACUCGCUGGCGAUUCUCGACUCCGGUGUCCUUCACCAAGUCUUGGAAUACUUCAGGACUCUGGAUGCACCCUUUAUUACGCAGAGCAUACCAACAUUAGUCGAACUUUUCAUCGCAAAGAAGUUGGUCGAGAUUGGGGAAGAGACGGGUGUUGCUUUGAAUUUAAAUGUAACAAACAAGCAAAUGGGUGGGCUCGAGCGCAUGGACAUGAUCGGGCUAGGCAAGAUGAUGGAGUUCCUCGAAGAACACGGCUCUACUUCAAGCGUGGCAUCAGGCUACUUGGUGCGGGUGAAGUGUCUCCAUUUAUGCGAAGAAGGUAAAGGCCGUUGA